AGAAGUUCCUUAUUAGCUUUUGUGUGAAAGACAACCGCCUUAGAUAUUUGCACUAAUUGAGAUGACAUGAAUUUCUACUGAGACGAGCGCAGACAUUAGUCUGCCCUUAUUCAGCGUAAUCCUGUCUGUCCCGGCCGCCACCAUGUCUUUCGUGCCCACCCCGAGCCCCACUGUGGUGGAUCAGACCACCCUUAUGAAGAAAUACUUGCAGUUCGUGGCGGCGCUCACUGACAACAACACACCGGAUGAGACCAAACUGAAAAUGAUGCAGGAAGUCAGUGAGAAUUUUGAGAAUGUCACAUCCUCGCCACAGUAUUCUACUUUCUUGGAGCACAUCAUCCCUCGUUUCCUAACGUUUCUGCAGGAUGGAGAAGUGCAGUUCCUUCAAGAGAAACCAACGCAGCAAUUAAGGAAACUUGUCCUGGAGAUCAUCCACCGAAUCCCAACUAAUGAACAUCUGCGGCCUCAUGCCAAGAACAUCCUUUCUGUCAUGUUCCGCUUCCUUGAGAUUGAAAGUGAGGAGAAUGUGCUCAUUUGUUUACGCAUCAUCAUUGAAUUGCACAAACAGUUUCGCCCGCCAAUCUCUCAAGAGAUUCAUCAUUUCUUGGACUUUGUGAAGCAAAUUUACAAAGAACUGCCAAAAGUUGUGACGAGGUACUUUGAGAAUCCUCAGGUUAUUGCAGAAAACACAGUGCCUUCUCCAGAAAUGGUGGGCAUGAUCACCUCAGUAUUAGUGAAGACCACACCGGAGCGUGAGGACAGCGAGACCCGAACGCAUACCAUAAUCCCCCGGGGAUCGCUGUCACUCAAAGUGUUGGCAGAGCUGCCCAUCAUUGUCGUCCUCAUGUAUCAGCUGUACAAACUGAGCAUUCACAACGCGGUGUCGGAGUUUGUGCCUCUUAUCAUGAACACCAUCAUGCUGCAGGUGUCUCCACAGGCUCGGCAACACAAGCUGUUCAACAAGGAGCUUUAUGCAGAUUUUAUUGCAGCACAGAUCAAGACCCUGUCAUUCCUGGCUUACAUUAUCCGGAUCUACCAGGACUUGGUUGGGAAGUACUCCCAGCAGAUGGUGAAGGGGAUGUUGCAGCUGCUGUCUAACUGCCCCCCUGAGACGGCUCACCUGCGGAAAGAGCUGCUGAUCGCUGCCAAGCACAUCCUCACCACAGAUCUACGCAGCCAAUUCAUUCCAUGCAUGGACAAGCUUUUCGAUGAGUCAAUACUCAUUGGCUCAGGAUACACUGCAAGAGAGACGCUAAGGCCCUUGGCAUACAGCACGCUAGCAGACCUGGUGCACCAUGUUAGACAGAACCUCCCAUUGACGGACCUCUCUCUGGCUGUGCAACUGUUUGCUAAGAAUAUUGACGACGAGUCCCUACCCAGCAGUAUCCAAACCAUGUCCUGUAAGCUGUUGCUAAACCUCGUAGACUGCAUCCGAUCAAAGAGCGAACAGGAGAAUGGAAAUGGCAGAGACAUUCUCAUGAGAAUGCUGGAGGUUUUUGUGUUGAAGUUCCACACCAUUGCACGGUACCAGCUGGUAUCUCUCUUUAAGAAGUGCAAGCCCCAAUCAGAGAUGGGUGUGGUGGACCCAGGGGCGUUACCAGGAGUCCCAGCCACCCCUACUGUAACUACACCCGCCUUACCUCCACCUGCACCCCCAACACCCGUCACCCCCGCACCACCUCCGGCCACACCUUUUGAUCGACCUGGGGACAAGGAGGACAAACAGACCUUCCAGGUGUCCGACUGUCGCAGUCUGGUAAAGACUCUUGUAUGUGGAGUGAAAACUAUCACAUGGGGCAUCACUUCUUGUAAAGCUCCUGGAGAGGCACAGUUCAUUCCCAACAAGCAACUCCAGCCCAAAGAAACACAGAUUUACAUCAAGCUGGUCAAAUAUGCCAUGCAGGCCUUGGACAUCUACCAGGUACAGAUUGCCGGCAAUGGACAGACGUACAUUCGUGUGGCUAACUGUCAGACGGUGCGGAUGAAGGAGGAGAAGGAGGUUUUAGAGCACUUCGCGGGAGUCUUCACCAUGAUGAACCCCCUCACUUUUAAAGAGAUCUUCCAGACCACUGUUCCAUACAUGGUGGAACGCAUAUCCAAAAACUAUGCCCUACAGAUUGUUGCAAAUUCCUUCCUGGCCAACCUGACUACCUCUGCACUGUUUGCCACAAUUUUGGUGGAGUAUCUGUUGGAGCGUCUGCCUGAAAUGGGCUCCAAUGUAGAGUUGUCAAACCUUUAUCUCAAACUCUUCAAACUGGUCUUUGGUUCAGUGUCUCUCUUCGCUGCUGAAAAUGAGCAGAUGCUCAAGCCUCACCUUCAUAAAAUAGUGAACAGUUCCAUGGAGCUGGCUCAGUCUGCUAAGGAGCCCUAUAACUACUUCCUGUUGCUGAGAGCCCUGUUCCGCUCAAUAGGGGGAGGCAGCCAUGACCUCUUGUACCAGGAGUUUCUGCCUUUGCUGCCUAAUUUGCUGCAAGGUUUGAACAUGCUGCAGAGCGGCCUCCAUAAGCAGCACAUGAAGGAUCUGUUUGUGGAGCUGUGUCUCACUGUCCCUGUGCGGCUGAGCUCUCUUUUGCCCUACCUGCCCAUGCUCAUGGACCCACUGGUGUCUGCACUCAACGGUUCCCAGACUCUGGUCAGCCAGGGCCUGCGCACACUGGAGCUCUGUGUGGACAACCUACAGCCUGACUUCCUAUAUGACCACAUCCAGCCAGUCCGAGCUGAACUGAUGCAGGCGUUGUGGCGAACACUUCGUAACCCUGCGGAGACCAUCUCCCAUGUUGCUUACCGGGUACUGGGCAAGUUUGGAGGAAGUAACCGGAAAAUGUUGAAGGAGUCGCAGAAGCUGCAGUAUGUGGUGACCGAGGUUCAAGGCCCCAGCAUCAAGGCAGAGUUCACAGACUGCAAAGCCUCCAUUCAGCUUCCCAUGGAAAAGGCUAUAGAGACUGCACUGGAUUGCCUGAAGAGUGCCAAUACUGAGCCGUAUUACAGACGACAGGCCUGGGAGGUGAUCAAAUGCUUCCUCGUUGCCAUGACCAGCCUGGAGGACAACAAGCACGCCCUUUACCAGCUCCUCGCCCAUCCCAACUUCACAGAGAAGUGGAUCCCUAACGUGAUCAUCUCCCACCGGUACAAAGCCCAGGACACCCCGGCACGCAGGACGUUCGAGCAGGCCCUGACGGGGGCGUUCAUGUCCGCAGUCAUCAAGGAUCUCAGGCCCAGCGCUCUGCCUUUCGUUGCCAGCUUGAUCCGCCAUUACACUAUGGUGGCAGUGGCUCAGCAGUGUGGUCCCUUCUUGCUGCCAUGCUACCAGUCAGGCAGCCAGCCCAGCACGGCUAUGUUUCACAGUGAAGAGAACGGCUCCAAAGGCAUGGACCCCCUCGUGCUGAUCGACGCCAUCGCCAUCUGCAUGGCCUACGAGGAGAAGGAGCUGUGCAAGAUUGGGGAAGUGGCACUUGCUGUCAUCUUUGAUGUUGCCAGCAUUAUCCUGGGCUCCAAGGAAAGGGCGUGCCAGCUGCCGUUGUUCUCCUACAUUGUGGAACGGCUUUGCGCAUGCUGUUAUGAGCAGGCCUGGUAUGCUAAGCUGGGUGGAGUGGUGUCCAUUAAGUUCCUGAUGGAAAGGCUUCCUCUGAUCUGGGUGUUGCAAAACCAGCUGACCUUCCUCAAAGCUCUGCUCUUCGUCAUGAUGGACCUCACAGGAGAGGUGUCUAAUGGCGCAGUUGCAAUGGCAAAGACCACACUGGAGCAGUUGUUGAUACGCUGUGCCACUCCUCUUAAGGAUGAGGAGAAGACUGAGGAGCUUCUGUCUGCCCAGGAUAAAUCUUUCCAUCUGGUGACUCAUGACCUGGUACGGGAGGUCACCUCCCCCAAUUCCACUGUCCGCAAGCAGGCCAUGCACUCCUUGCAGGUGCUGGCUCAAGUCACAGGCAAGAGCGUCACCAUCAUCAUGGAGCCUCAUAAAGAAGUGCUGCAGGACAUGGUUCCUCCAAAGAAACACCUUCUGCGACACCAGCCCGCCAAUGCUCAGAUCGGCCUUAUGGAGGGCAACACCUUCUGCACCACCCUACAGCCUCGCCUCUUCACCAUGGACCUCAAUGUGGUGGAGCACAAAGUCUUUUACACAGAGUUGCUGAACCUGUGUGAAGCUGAGGAUGCUGCUUUGAUGAAGCUGCCCUGUUAUAAAAGCCUUCCUUCACUGGUGCCGCUGCGCAUUGCUGCUCUCAAUGCCCUGGCGGCCUGUAACUACCUUCCCCAAUCCCGAGAGAAGAUCAUUGCUGCCCUCUUCAAGGCCCUCAACUCCACUAACAGUGAGCUCCAGGAGGCCGGAGAGGCCUGCAUGAGAAAGUUCUUAGAGGGGGCUACUAUCGAGGUGGAUCAGAUCCAUACACACAUGCGGCCCCUGCUGAUGAUGCUCGGAGACUAUCGCAGUCUGACACUCAAUGUGGUCAACAGACUGACAUCCGUCACUCGUCUCUUCCCCAACUCCUUCAAUGACAAAUUCUGUGACCAAAUGAUGCAACAUCUGCGUAAAUGGAUGGAGGUGGUGGUGAUCACGCAUAAAGGAGGCCAGCGUAGUGAUGGCAGUCCUGUCAUGGAGGGUGUAGAGGAAAUGAGGAUCUGUUCAGCCAUUAUAAACCUCUUCCACCUGAUACCAGCUGCUCCACAGACACUGGUGAAACCUCUGCUGGAAGUGGUCAUGAAAACGGAAAGGGCGAUGCUCAUAGAGGCUGGCAGUCCCUUUAGAGAGCCACUGAUCAAGUUCCUGACGCGUCAUCCAUCUCAAACAGUGGAGCUUUUCAUGAUGGAGGCCACUCUCAAUGACCCACAGUGGAGCCGCAUGUUCAUGAGUUUCCUUAAGCACAAAGAUGCCAAGCCACUUCGAGAUGUCUUGGCUUCUAACCCAAAUCGAUUUGUCCCUCUGCUGGUUCCAGCUGGGCCUGCAACAACUGCGAGACCUGGGUCUCCUUCCACCAGCACUGCCCGCCUUGACCUGCAGUUCCAGGCCAUCAAGAUCAUAAGCAUCAUUGUGAAAAAUGAUGAAGGCUGGUUGGCAGGUCAGCACUCUUUAGUGAGUCAGCUCAGGCGUGUGUGGGUCAGCGAGGCCUUCCAGGAGCGUCAUCGCAAAGACAACAUGGCUGCAACCAACUGGAAAGAGCCCAAACUACUAGCAUACUGUCUGCUUUGCUACUGCAAACGCAACUACUCUGAGAUUGAGCUACUCUUUCAGCUUCUGAGAGCCUUCACUGGUCGCUUCCUGUGCAACAUGACCUUCCUGAAGGAAUACAUGGAGGAGGAAAUCCCAAAGAACUACAGCAUCACACACAAACGAGCGCUCUUCUUCCGCUUCGUGGAGUUCAAUGACCCACACUUCAAUGAUGAGCUCAAGGCAAAGGUGUUGCAGCACAUCCUGAACCCAGCCUUCCUAUACAGCUUUGAGAAAGGAGAAGGCGAGCAACUGUUGGGGCCGCCCAAUCCAGAGGGUGACAACCCUGAGAGCAUCACUAGUGUCUUCAUCACCAAGGUUCUUGAUCCUGAGAAGCAGGCAGAUCUGGCCGACUCAUUGCGGAUCUACUUGCUUCAGUUCUCAACCCUGCUGGUAGAGCAUGCUCCUCAUCACAUCCAUGACAACAACAAGAGCAGAAACAGCAAGCUGAGGCGUCUCAUGACCUUUGCUUGGCCUUGCCUGCUCCCCAAAACCUGCGUGGAUCCGGCCUGCAAGUACAGCGGCCACCUCUUGCUGGCACACAUUAUCGCCAAGUUUGCCAUUCACAAAAAGAUUGUGUUACAGGUUUUCCACAGUCUGCUAAAGGCUCAUACUAUGGAAGCACGUGCCAUUGUUCGGCAAGCCAUGGCAAUUCUCACACCUGCAGUACCUGCUCGGAUGGAGGACGGUCAUCAGAUGCUCACACACUGGACCCGCAAGAUUAUUGUGGAGGAGGGCCACACAGUUCCUCAGCUCGUCCACAUACUUCACCUCAUUGUACAGCACUUCAGAGUAUAUUACCCAGUGAGACAUCACCUGGUUCAGCACAUGAUCAGUGCUAUGCAGCGAUUGGGCUUUACCCCUAGUGUGACUAUCGAGCAGAGGAAGUUGGCAGUGGACUUAGCCGAGGUGGUCAUCAAAUGGGAGCUCCAGAGAAUCAAAGACCAACAGCCUGAAUCGGAAGUUGAUCCAGGAAGUGUGGGAGAAGGUACGAGUGGAGCCUCUGGUGCUAUGAAGAGAGGAAUGUCCGUUGACUCGGCACAAGAUGUAAAGAGAUUUCGCACUGCAGCUGGUGCUGUCGGCACGGUCUUUGGCCGCAGUCAGUCGAUGCCAGGCACAGAGGCUCUACUUACCAAACCUGUGGAGAAACAGCACACAGAUACUGUGGUCAACUUCCUCAUCCGCAUUGCCUGCCAGGUAAAUGAUAGCACUAAUGUGGCAGGCUCCCCCGGUGAACUGCUGUCCCGUCGCUGUGUGAACCUCAUGAAGACUGCCCUCAGAUCGGACAUGUGGCCCCGUGCCGAACUUAAACUGCAGUGGUUUGACAAACUCCUUAUGACUGUGGAGCAGCCAAACCAGGCGAACUUCUCCAACAUCUGCACAGGGCUGGAGAUUCUCAGCUUCCUUCUCUCAGUUCUGCAGCCUCCAGCCAUCCUUGCGCACUUCAAGCCUCUGCAGCGUGGCAUUGCAGCUUGCAUGACCUGUGGAAACACCAAAGUGUUGAGGGCAGUCCACACCCUCCUAUCCAGACUCACGAGCACCUUCCCCACAGAACCUAGCACAUCCUCAGUGGCUUCCAAGUAUGAGGAGCUGGAGUGUUUGUACGCUGCCGUAGGGAAGGUCAUUUAUGAAGGCCUCACAAACUACGAGAAAGCCAGCAGCGCUAACCCAACUCAAUUGUUCGGAACGCUGAUGAUCCUAAAGUCGGCCUGCAGCAACAACUCCAGCUACAUCGACCGCCUCAUUUCCGUCUUUAUGCGCUCCCUGCAGAAGAUGGUGAGAGAGCACCUGAGCCCACAACCCAACCCCGGAGCCGCUGAAACCAGCACAGUGACGAGCGAGUUGGUCAUGCUUAGUUUGGAUCUGGUAAAGGAGAGGCUGUCGGUCAUGAACAUGGAAAUGAGGAAGAACUUCAUCCAGGUCAUCCUCACCUCCCUCAUCGAAAAAUCUCCUGACCCAAAGAUUCUUCGAGCUGUGGUGAAGAUUGUGGAGGAAUGGGUCAAGAACUCUGGCAACACCAUGGCUACCAACCAGGUGCCUAAUCCAAGAGAGAAGUCCAUUCUGCUGGUGAAAAUGAUGACCUACAUUGAGAAGCGCUUUCCUGACGACCUUGAAUUGAAUGCCCAGUUCCUGGACCUCGUUAAUUACGUCUACAGAGAUGAGAACCUCUCAGGAAGUGACAUCACAUCCAAGCUAGAGCCAGCAUUCUUGUUAGGGCUACGCUGCACCCAGCCGCUGAUCAGAGCAAAGUUUUUCGAGGUGUUUGAUGCAUCAAUGAAGCAUCUGCUGCUGGCGGUCUGUGAGAGGAACACCACCAUUGGCACCAGCUGCCAGGGCUCCAUGCUCCCCUCCAUCACCAACGUCAUCAACCUGGCUGACAGCCAUGACCGUGCAGCCUUCGCCAUGGCAACGCAUAUCAAACAGGAACCUCGUGAGAGAGAAAACAGCGAGACCAAGGAGGAGGAUGUGGAGAUAGACAUUGAACUGGCACCUGGAGACCAGACCAGCCUCCCUAAGACCAAGGAGCAGGCAGAGCGAGACGCAGGCAACCAGCUGCACAUGCUCACCAACCGCCACGACAAGUUCCUGGACUCCCUGAGAGAGGUCAAGACGGGAGCACUGCUGAAUGCACUGGUUCAGUUGUGCCACAUCUCCACCCCAUUGGCUGAGAAGACCUGGGUCCAGCUCUUCCCCCGCCUGUGGAAGAUUCUGUCGGACCGCCAGCAGCAUGCACUCUCAGGCGAGAUGGGUCCGUUCCUGUGUAGCGGUAGUCAUCAAGCUCAGAGAGAUUGCCAGCCCAGUGCUCUAAACUGCUUUGUGGAGGCCAUGUCUCAGUGCGUGCCGCCCAUACCCAUCAGGCCCUGCGUGCUGAAGUACUUGGGAAAGACCCACAAUCUAUGGUUACGCUCCACCCUGAUGCUGGAGCAGCAAGCUUUUGAGAAAGGCCUUAGCUUGCACAUCAAACCCAAACAGAGCACAGAGUUCUAUGAGCAGGAAAGCAUCACUCCUCCACAGCAGGAGAUUCUCGACUCGCUGGCGGAGCUCUAUUCCCUACUGCAGGAAGAGGACAUGUGGGCGGGGCUUUGGCAGAAGAGAUGCAAGUUCCCUGAGACGAGCACAGCCAUUGCAUACGAGCAGCAUGGCUUCUUUGAACAGGCUCAAGAAACCUAUGAGAAGGCAAUGGAGAAAGCUCGCAAAGAGCACAAUGUCUCACCCGCCAUCUUUCCAGAGUACCAGCUGUGGGAGGAUCACUGGAUACGUUGUUCUAAAGAGCUGAACCAGUGGGAGCCUCUGACAGAGUAUGGGCAAUCUAAAGGCCAUAACAACCCAUACCUGGUGCUGGAGUGUGCCUGGAGAGUGUCCAACUGGGCUGCAAUGAAAGAGGCUCUAGUGCAGGUGGAGCUGAGCUGUCCAAAGGAGAUGGCCUGGAAGGUGAAUAUGCAUCGCGGUUACCUGGCCAUCUGUCACCCCGAGGAGCAGCAGCUCAACUUCAUUGAGCGACUAGUGGAGAUGGCCAGCAGUCUGGCCAUCAGAGAAUGGAGGAGACUGCCACACAUCGUCUCUCACGUGCACACACCUCUGCUGCAGGCAGCACAACAGAUUAUUGAGCUACAAGAAGCUGCUCAGAUUAAUGCAGGCCUCCAGCCCGCCAACCUGGGCCGCAACACUAGCCUCCACGACAUGAAGACCGUGGUGAAGACCUGGAGAAACAGGCUACCGAUUGUCUCCGAUGACCUCUCCCAUUGGAGCAGCAUCUUUAUGUGGCGGCAGCACCACUAUCAGGCCAUUGUGACCGCUUAUGAAACCAACACACAACAUGAUCCAAACACUAACAAUGCCAUGCUUGGAGUGCACGCCUCCGCAUCAGCCAUUAUUCAGUAUGGAAAGAUCGCCCGGAAGCAAGGUCUGGUCAACGUAGCUUUGGACAUCCUGAGUCGCAUCCAUACCAUCCCCACCGUGCCUAUUGUUGACUGCUUCCAGAAGAUCCGUCAGCAGGUUAAAUGCUACCUGCAGUUGGCUGGAGUAAUGGGCAAGAAUGAAUGCAUGCAGGGUCUGGAGGUGAUUGAGUCUACUAACCUGAAGUACUUCACCAAGGAGAUGACCGCCGAGUUCUACGCUCUCAAGGGCAUGUUCUUAGCCCAGAUCAAUAAGUCAGAGGAGGCAAAUAAGGCAUUCUCUGCUGCAGUGCAGAUGCAUGAUGUUCUGGUGAAAGCCUGGGCUAUGUGGGGCGACUACUUGGAGAACAUCUUUGUCAAAGACCGCCAGCCCCACCUUGGUGUCUCUGCCAUUACCUGUUACUUACACGCCUGCCGCCAUCAGAACGAGAGCAAGUCACGGAAAUACCUUGCUAAGGUGCUGUGGCUGUUGAGUUUUGAUGAUAAGAACACAUUGGCCGACGCUGUGGACAAAUACUGCAUUGGAGUGCCGCCCAUCCAAUGGCUGGCCUGGAUCCCUCAGCUUCUCACGUGUCUGGUUGGCUCAGAGGGGAAACCUCUCCUCAACCUCAUCAGCCAGGUGGGACGUGUCUACCCUCAAGCGGUGUACUUUCCGAUCCGAACCCUGUACCUGACGCUGAAAAUCGAGCAGAGGGAGCGCUACAAGAGCGAUUCUGGCCAGCAGCAGCCCAGUUCGGCAGCUGCCCAGACCCACUCAGCGUCCGACCCGGGUCCCAUCCGUGCCACUGCUCCCAUGUGGCGCUGCAGCCGGAUCAUGCACAUGCAGCGUGAGCUCCACCCCACCCUGCUCUCCUCUCUGGAGGGCAUCGUGGACCAGAUGGUCUGGUUCAGAGAGAACUGGCACGAGGAGGUCCUGCGGCAGCUCCAGCAAGGGCUGGCAAAAUGCUACUCGGUGGCAUUCGAAAAGAGCGGAGCUGUGUCUGAUGCUAAAAUCACUCCACAUACGCUCAACUUUGUAAAAAAGCUGGUCAGCACGUUCGGCGUGGGCCUGGAGAAUGUCUCUAAUGUGUCCACUAUGUUCUCAAGCGCUGCCUCAGAGUCCCUGGCCCGGCGAGCUCAAGCCACCGCUCAAGAUCCUGUGUUCCAGAAGAUGAAGGGCCAGUUUACCACAGAUUUUGACUUCAGCGUUCCCGGCUCCAUGAAGCUGCACAAUCUCAUUUCAAAGCUGAAGAAGUGGAUCAAGAUUCUGGAAGCCAAGACGAAGCAAAUGCCAAAGUUCUUCCUGAUUGAGGAGAAAUGCCGUUUCCUUAGCAACUUCUCGGCCCAGACUGCUGAAGUUGAGAUCCCGGGAGAAUUCCUCAUGCCUAAGCCCACACACUAUUACAUCAAGAUUGCCAGGUUCAUGCCCAGGGUGGAGAUUGUUCAAAAGCACAACACAGCUGCCCGACGCCUCUACAUCCGCGGGCACAACGGCAAGAUCUAUCCGUACUUGGUGAUGAAUGACGCAUGUCUGACAGAGUCCCGCAGAGAGGAGCGUGUGUUGCAACUCUUGCGGCUACUCAAUCCCUGCCUGGAGAAGAGGAAAGAGACCACCAAGAGACACCUCUUUUUCACAGUCCCAAGGGUGGUGGCGGUGUCUCCUCAAAUGCGGUUAGUGGAGGACAAUCCAUCGUCUCUGUCUCUGGUGGAAAUCUACAAGCAGCGUUGUGCUAAGAAGGGCAUUGAGCAUGACAACCCUAUUUCCCGCUAUUAUGACCGACUUGCGACUGUUCAGGCUAGAGGAACCCAAGCCAGCCAUCAGGUCCUGCGAGACAUUCUGAAGGAGGUCCAGGGCAACAUGGUUCCUCGUAGCAUGUUGAAGGAGUGGGCGCUGCACACCUUCCCCAACGCCACAGACUACUGGACCUUCCGCAAAAUGUUCACCAUCCAGCUUGCUCUUAUCGGCCUGGCUGAGUUCAUGCUGCACCUGAACCGUCUCAACCCGGAGAUGCUGCAGAUCGCACAGGACACUGGAAAACUCAAUGUAUCGUACUUCCGCUUUGAUAUUAAUGAUGCCACUGGUGAUUUGGAUGCCAACCGGCCCGUCCCGUUCAGGCUGACGCCCAAUAUCUCAGAGUUCCUGACCACAAUCGGCGUAUCUGGACCCCUCACGGCUUCUAUGAUAGCGGUAGCACGCUGCUUUGCUCAGCCUAACUUCAAGGUCGAUGGCAUCUUGAAAGCUGUUCUUAGGGAUGAGAUCAUCGCAUGGCAUAAGAAGACGCAGGAGGACACAUCCAUGCCUCUGUCCCCAGCUGGACAACCUGAGAACAUGGACAGCCAACAGCUGGUGUCUCUGGUCCAGAAAGCUGUGACCGCCAUCAUGACCCGCCUCCACAACUUGGCCCAGUUCGAGGGUGGUGAGAGUAAAGUAAACACGCUAGUGGCAGCUGCCAACAGCUUGGACAACCUGUGCCGCAUGGACCCCGCCUGGCACCCUUGGUUGUAGACAGGCAUGUAUAGAAACAAACUCUGGCAGAUCACUGAGAAAUGCGAUACUGUGAAAGUGAAUGUCAGAGUUGAUGAGUUUGUCCCACGAGUUUAAAAAACAUCAUGUGUUGAGUUAACAAUCGAAAGGGGUUAUAUAAUAAUGCACAAACUGUAAUUUAAAAAAGAACAGGAUAAUACUUAAGAUCUUUAGUAUUCACUGUUAUUCACAGGUAAGAGAUACAUGCAGCAAUUAAAAGCAGCUUUGUUUGGUUGGAGAGGGACUAUUGUUUAACUGAUGAGCUUA